AUGUGGCACAGAGGUACCCUCAGCCUCCUGUGUAGUAGCUGCCGAUAUGUGGUCCGUAAGUGGCAUGUGCCAAUACUUGGAGUGGACUGCAAUGCGAAUCCUCGCCACAAGCAAGCUCUGAGUGUCCCUGCACCACGUAGCAGAGGCAUACCUAAACAUUUGUAUCCUUUCCUUGUAGGCAAGCAAUAUCCACGACACCCACGCUGGCGCCAAGCUUUCACACAUCGCAGUCGAAUGGGCAAAUACAAACCUCAGGUUGCGCGAAACGGAUAA